AUGCUGGGCACCACGCUCCUGACGCUGGCCUUGCUCCUGGGGACCUCCGCCUGGCCCAGCGGGCCACCUGGUGCCCUGCAGUCGAGGGACUGGGGCAAAGGGGGCCCCCAGAUGGGUGGAGCAUCCCACUGGCUCAAGCCCCCACCAGCCAGUGGUCGGCAGGGGGUGGUGCCGGCACCCGCGGAGCUGCCCGCCUCCUGGGGCAUACGCGGCCCUGUGUGCUACCCUCCCUCCCCAGUGGCGCCCGGGCCCUGGCUGCGCAGACCCCUUUUCAGUCUGGAGCUGUCGGACGCGGAGGACGCCUUCCCGCGCCGCGCAGGGCCGCUGGAGGUCCCCGCCGACAGCCGCGUGUUCGUGCAGCCGCCGCCGCCGCGCCCGGGGGCUGCGCGCCCAGCCCGCUUCAGCUUCCGCCUGCGCCCGGUCUUCAACGCCUCGGUGCAGUUCCUGCACUGCCAGAUGGGCCGCUGCCGCCGCCUCCGGGGAGCCCGCCUCACGCCCGCGCCUCUGGCGCGCUCACCGCCAGCGUCACCCUCGCAGUGUCUACCCCAGGACCUGGCGUGCGCGGGCUCGGGCAGCGGCAGCGGCGAGCGCCCGGGCGCAGAGGGCGCGCACCUGCACACGCUGACGCAGCCCAUCGUGGUCACGGUGCCGCGGCCGCCCCCCAGGCCACCCAAGGGUGCCCCCGGCAGAGCUGUGCGACCCGAGCCAUCUGCUCCGGCCCCGGCGGCCCUGGAGCCCGCGCCGGUGGUGGCGCUGGUGGUGGCUGCUUUCGUGCUGGUGCCCGGCCGGCGGGAGGCAGGGGACAGCGACCGGCCUCGGCAGGGUUUGGCUUCUCCGCGCCCCGGCCCUGCCGAAGGCCGGUGGACAUGCUUCUGCCCCCAGAUCCGGGACUUCCUCCGGCAGCUCAAGGCCCGCGUGGCCCGGGAGGCCCUUCAGAGAGUGCAUGCAGGUGGCCCACAGGCUCCGAGGCACCGAGAAACGCAGCCCCCAGCCCCCAUCGAGGUAUGGAUGGAUCUGGCUGAAAAGAUAACGGGUCCGCUGGAGGAAGCCCUGACUGUGGCCUUCUCACAGGUGCUCACCAUCGCGGCCACAGAGCCCAUCAGCCUCCUGCACUCCAGGCCCCCCAAGCCCACACAGGCCCGUGGACAGCCACUGCUCCUCAGCCCCCCUGGAGGGCAGGAGAAUCAGAACCCCCAGCCCACCCCCGGCCCUGCCCCCGAGACCCUCCAGCCCACCCCUGGCCCUGCCCCCGAGGCCCCUUGCCCUGCCCCUGUGGCACCUCCCACAUCGCUGCCCGGCUCCCCCGCCCAGGACUUCGCUGUGGACUUCGAGAAGAUCUAUAAGUACCUGUCGUCCGUCUCCCGCAGUUGCCUCGGCCCCGAGCUCUCUGCAGCUGAGUCAGCUGUGGUCCUUGACCUGCUCAUGGCCCUUCCCGAGGAGCUGCCACACCUGCCCUGCGGUGCCCUGGCCGAGCAUCUGCUGGACAUGUAUGCGCACCUGACCGCCCCCCAGCCCCACCCAGCUAGUGGGAGCCUGGGUCCUGAGGGCGAGGACGUGGGCACCGGCUCCGUGGGGCAAGAGGCGGCUUGCCAGGGUCCCUCCCCGGGCCAGGAGGACACUGGGUGCGGUGAACCGAGUUCUGCCUGGCAAGCAGCUGGGGUCUGUCCCCUGAACCCCUUUCUGGUACCCCUGGAGCUUCUCGCCCAGGUGACCACCCCUGCAAGGUGAGAGACCUGGGCAGAGGACACCCCAGACAGACACCCAUGAGCUCCCAGACCAUCCCAUUACGGCUGGCACUGGGCUGCCCAGCACCAUGGAUCAUGGCCUGUGCUCGGACCGGGGUGGGAGGGUGGCCUUCAAGAAGCUUGAGUCAGUGGGUGUCAGAAACCCCAUCCUGGUACUACAGGGUUUCUGCCACAGAACCGGGAGGGGGCAGCAGCAACCCGAUGGCCACCCUGCCCCGCCCACUCGCGCCUCAUCUGUCCCCUGCCCAGUCCCCUGACCUUGAGAGUGAAUACAGCGCUGGGCUCCCA